GAGAGGGAGAAGUUGGAAGCUGAGAAACGCGAGUAUGAGUCCAGAUUAGCCAAGCUAGAGGAGCAGGCUGAGAAACAGCGACAGAGGGAGAGAGAGAUUGAAGAGAAGGAAGCCAAGCGACGACAGGAGAUGGAAAAAACGAGCGGUAGAGAUGAUGGCAAAGAAGACCGCCCUAAACCAUUUGCUGGUCGACCAGGAGAGCGUCCAAGUUGGCGAGAUAGAGAGCGGGAGAAGGAGGAGGAGGGAGGUCGUGAUGGGGGAGCCUGGAGACCAGCAGGGGCCAGAGAAGGGGGCGGCUGGAGGGAGAGGGAGAAACAGCGAUCAGAGAGCUGGAAAAAAGAGACCAGCCCCACCAAGCGGUAUGAGGAGGAAGAAGAACCAAAAGGAGAAGGCUGGAGGGGAGAGAGGGGUGCUCCUAGGGAAGACAGGCCCCCAGCUCGAGGUAUCUCUCCCCCUAGGGACACAUGGAGAAGCAGAGGGGAGGAUAGAGUACCAUCGAGGGAUGGUGGUGAUCGUGGAGGAUUUGGAGAACGCAGAAGAGAUGAUAGAGAUUUUGGAAGAGGUAGAGAUGAUCGUGAUUUUGGAAGAGGGAGAGAUGACAGAGAUAGAGAUUUUGGUAGAAGGGAUGAUAGAGAUUUUGGUAGACGAGACGAUAGGGACUUUGGAAGAAGAGAUGAUAGAGAUUUUGGAAGACGAGAUGAUAGAGAUUUUGGAAGACGAGAUGAUAAAGACAGAGAUUUUGGAAGAAGAGAUGAUCGUGACUUUGGAGAUCGUCGUCCUCCUCGUGAAGACAGAGACUUUGGAGACAGAAGAGCUCCACCUAGAGAAGACCGUUGGAGAUCUGAUCGUGAUCGGGAGGGUUUCUCUGAUCGAGCUCCUCCCAGAGAAGAAAGAGACUGGGGUAGAGGUGGUGGACGGGAAGACAGAUGGGGAGGAGGUGGUGGUGGUGGUGAAGAACGCCGCGGGGGCGAUGCAUGGAGAGACCGCCGUAAGGAGGAUGGAGGAGAUGAAAGAGGUGGAGGAGGGGCCUGGAGAGGAGGCAGAACUGGAGGAGACAGCUGGAGAGAGAGGACCGGAGAGAAAGAGGGAUGGAGCCGGCGAGAUGACAGAGGACCAGCAAGAGAGGACAGAGGACCCACAAGAGAGGACAGAGGGCCAGGGAGAGAGGACUUCAGACGUAGUGAGGGACCCCCACCAAGUCGCGAAGGAGGAAGAAGUUGGAGAGACAAACAGCCAGAAAAAGGAGCUGUCAGAAAACCUGAGGGAGAGGAAGAUGAUGGAUGGACCACAGUGCGUUAUUGAUCAGACUGAUAAACCGAGACAUCUUUUUGGAGGAGGAUGAAACUGUUUGUGAUAAUGAACUGGUAGAAUUCAUCAACAUUGAAUAGGAUUGCAAAACCACCUCACAAUGGGCGAUUUACAAAUUGAAUUGCUUAAACUGAUAUUGCAUACUCCAUUGCAAAUUAUGAGUAUCUAUUUUCUUUGUAUUUAUGUUUAAUGUAACUGCUAAAAGUGAUGUAAAUUUUACAUUAUUUUUGAUUGGAUAUAAUAUUAUAAGAAUUUACUGUUCAUUUCUAAUUUGAAAGUUGAUUGCUUAUUUAUAAAUGUAACUGUGUCAUGUCAAUACAAGUAAACAUGAUUGAAAAGAA